UUUUAGUUUGGCCGAGAAAAAUAGUUCGCCAGGGGAAGAUGGAACUAUUAUGCUUCUGCUUUAAUUUCGGCCCUAAAACUUGUGAUUAUAUGUUUGGAGGUGAAUUUGAUAUUUGUAUAAUUUAUGAUGUUGGUUGCAGAAGAGAUUGAAUUUUUGGGUUGCUCUAGAUGGGUGCUACUCGGCAGAAAUGGUCAUCGGAAGAGGAAGUGGCACUCAAAGCUGGAGUUGUCAAACAUGGGGUGGGGAAAUGGAGCAAAAUACUCAAGGAUCCUGAGUUUAACCAUGUGUUGUAUAUCCGCUCAAAUAUUGAUCUCAAGGAUAAAUGGAGAAAUAUGAGCCUGAAGGCAAAUGGAUCAUCCUCCGGGGACAACUCUCAGCUAGCAAUCAAAAGGGUGCGUCAUCAGGCACCAGAACAGCGUGACAACUCCAUGGCUGUAAAUCUUGUUACUACUAUUGAUGAUGAAAUUCUUGAUGUUCAGCCUCUUCAAGUUAAAACAGAUAUGCUGGAAAUUAAGGGUCCGGAAAGGUCUAUCAAAAGAUUGGACAACCUUAUAAUGGAAGCAAUAUCUAGCUUGAAUGAGGUCGAUGGUUCUAAUAAAACAACUAUUGCUUCUUUCAUUAAGAACCAAUACUGCGCACCGGCAGAUUUCAAAAAUAAGCUGUCCGCAAAACUGGUGGAUCUUGUAUCUAGUGGAAAACUGAUCAAGGUGAAACAUAGGUACAUGAUUGCGCCUACCCAAGCAUAUUCAGAUAGAGGAGGAUACCCACCCAUGUUAUUAUUGGAAGGGAGGCAGAAAGCCUCUAUUAAAUCUGACAGGGAUGGGGGCAAUAUCCCUACAAAGUCUGACAUAGAUUAUCAAAAAAGAAAGGCUGAGAUAGACUUGGAAUUGGAAAAGUUAAAGUCCAUGUCUUUACAAGAGGUAAUCGCAUGUGCUGCUCAAGCAGUUGCUGAAGCAGAAGCCGCCAUGGCAGAAGCUGAAGAGGCAACAAAGGAGGCGGAGGCUGCAGAAGCAGAAGCAGAUGCAGCGGCAGCUAUUGCAAAAGCAGCAGAAAAAUCACUGCGAUGAUCCCUGCUCUUGAUUGAAGUGAGAAGAAUGAGACAUGAGGAGCGUGAUCCGUGGCUUUAGCCAAGAUUCAUUUCGUUUUAGAGGAAUGAUAGCCAGAUUCAAAUUAAUCAUUUCCUUGCAUUUUCUAUGUCUUAUAUUAUUUAUUUAAAGUGGCUCUAGGCUUAGCCUUUAUCAGGGGAAUAUUAUGAAGAACUAGACCUUGAAAUUUCCUUGUUGGAGAAAGGAACAUUGUUUGAAUCUUUUGUAGUAAUUUCUUGAGUGGUUGUUACCAUUA